AUGGCCCAGAAGCACCCCGGAGAAGGAGGGUUGUGUGGAGCCCACCACAGUGGUGGUGCCUCCCUCAGGUCUUUAGGACCCUCUGUGGACCCUGACAUACUUUCAUUCUCAGGACUCAGGGACUCAGCGCGGCCUGCUCCUAAUGGUACCCGCUGCCUCACAGAGCACUCUAGUCCUAAGUACACACAGCCCCCAACUCCAGCCCACUGGUCGGAUCCAAGCCAUGGACCCCCAAGGGGUCCAGGACCCCCUCUGGCUGGAGAGGACCCUGAUCAGAGUGAGGCAUCUUCAGAAGAGUCAGGAGUGGACCAGGAACUCUCAAGAGAGAAUGAGGCUGGAUACCAGGAUGAUGGGAACUCUUCUUUUCUUUCCAUUCCAUCUACUUGUAACUGCCAGGGAACCCCUGGAAUCCCUGAAGGGCCUUACUCUGAGGGAGGAGAUAGCUCUUCUAGCAACUUUUGCCACCAUUGUACCUCUCCAGCUUUGGGGGAAGAUGAAGAGUUGGAAGGGGAAUAUGAUGAAGAGGAACCUCUUAAGUUUCCCAGUGAUCUUUCACGUGUGCCCAGUGAAAAGAAACCUGCACCCCGGAGACAACGGCACCGUAUUCCAGCCAAGGAGGACACUCGGGAGGGUGGACGAAGAGAUCCCAGAUCCCUUGGUCGACAUCGGCUGGGCCGGAAGCGGAGUCAGGCAGAUAAACGCAGAGGACUGGGAUUGUGGGGAGCAGAGGAACUGUGUCACCUUGGACAGGCAGGCUUCCGGUGGCUGAUCGAACUGCUAGUAUUAGUGGGGGAGUACGUGGAGACUUGUGGCCAUCUCAUCUAUGCAUGCAGGCAGCUGAAAGGCAGUGAUCUGGACCUUUUUUGUGUCUGGGUGGGAGUGUGGGCAGGGCGGCUGGGGGGCUGGGCCCAGGUGAUGUUCCAGUUUCUGAACCAGGGGUUUUGCUAUGGGGCAGCGCUGCUCACCCGUUUCCUUAGGCUUGUGGGUGCUUUGCUGCUUCUGGCUCUGGCCCUUUUGUUGGGCUGUUUACAGUUGGGCUGGCGGUUUCUGGUAGGAUUGAGUGACCGGUUAGGCUGGAGGGGUAAAGCCACCUGGCUCUUCUCUUGGCUGGCUUCUCCCACCUGGCAGCGGUGCCUGAUUCUGCUGAGAGAGAGCAGGCCCUGGCAGCAGCUGGUAAGAAUAGUUCAGUGGGGUUGGCUGCAGUUACCUUGGGUCAAACAGAGGACCAAUAGGCAGGGGAAUGCACCUGUAGCUGGUGGUCGUUACUGCCAGCCUGAAGAGGAAGUGGCUCGACUCUUGACCAUGGCUGGCGUUCCUGAGGAUGAGCUAAACCCUUUUCACGUGUUGGGGGUUGAAGCCACAGCAUCAGAUGUUGAACUGAAGAAGGCCUAUAGGCAGCUGGCAGUGAUGGUUCAUCCUGACAAAAAUCACCAUCCUCGGGCGGAGGAGGCCUUCAAGGUUUUGCGGGCAGCUUGGGACAUUGUCAGCAACCCUGAAAGACGGAAGGAAUAUGAGAUGAAACGAAUGGCAGAAAAUGAACUGAGCCGGUCAGUGAACGAGUUUCUGUCCAAGCUGCAAGAAGCAAUGAAUACAAUGAUGUGCAGCCGGUGCCAGGGAAAGCACAGGAGGUUUGAAAUGGACCGGGAGCCUAAGAGUGCCAGAUACUGUGCUGAGUGCAACAGGCUGCACCCUGCUGAGGAAGGUGACUUUUGGGCAGAGUCGAGCAUGCUGGGGCUCAGAAUCACCUACUUUGCCGUGAUGGAUGGGAAGGUGUAUGAUAUCACAGAGUGGGCUGGAUGCCAGCGUGUGGGAAUCUCCCCAGAUACCCACAGAGUCCCUUAUCACAUCUCAUUUGGUUCGCGGAUGCCAGGCGCCAGUGGGCGGCAGAGAGCUACUCCAGAUGCCCCUCCUGCUGACCUUCAGGAUUUCUUGAGCCGGAUCUUUCAAGUCCCCCCAGGCCAGAUGUCCAAUGGGAACUUCUUUGCAGCUCCUCAGCCCGGCCCUGGGGCCACUGCAGCCUCCAAGCCCAACAGCACAGUACCCAAGGGAGAAUCCAAACCGAAGCGGCGGAAGAAAGUGAGGAGGCCCUUCCAACGUUGA